AUGAAAAAUUAUGUGAUAUACAAUAAAAAUGAAAAGAAAUCUAUAUUUGAAAAUUUCAAAAGAACUAUAAUAAAUUUAUUAGAUACUCAUAAUGUGUUCUUUAUUAUUGGAAGAUUAAAAUUUGAUGAAUUUAUAAAAUUAGUACUUAUUUUAUAUGAAAAGAAACUGGAGAUUUCAAAUGAUAGAAAUAAAAUAUGUGUAGCAUUUAAUGACAACAUAUUGACUUAUUGUUAUAAUAUAAUUGAAGAAGAUUCGAAGGAUUUUUUUUAUCUUUCAAAUGAAUAUGACGAGGAAGAAAAUGACAACAGUAACACAAGUAACAAAAUUGCAGUUUUUGAUGAAUCAACGCUGCUACAAAAAAUACUAUUUGAUCCACUUUUAAUUGAAUUUAACAUAAUUAUUUUAACAAAUACUCAUAAAAGGCUGAUAAAGACGGAUUUAUUGUUAUCAUUAUUGAAAAAAAUACUUACAAAAAGAAACGAUUUGCAUAUUUUUAUUUUCUCAGAUUAUUUCAUUGAAAAUGUUCUUAACUUUUUCAAAUCAUGUAAUAGUGUGCAUGUCACUAAUCCAGGAAAAAAAUCAUCAAUAGGGCCAGAAAAAGAGUAUGAAAAAAAAAAAGAUGAUCAAAUUAGUGACAUACAAAUCACAAACAAUUCGAAAGAAGAUAGGGGAAUUAAUGUAGCCGAACCCAAAAGGGAUGAAGCACAUAAAAAAAUAAGUGAUGUAGCUUUUGAGGACUUUGAAAAAAAUGAUAAAGUUGAUAUUAUAAGAAAGAGGAACGAAUCUGAAUUAAAAGAUAGCCGAUGUUAUAAAGAAAAUGUAAAAAAUUCAGGCAGAAGUAAUAGCUCAGAUAAUUAUUCUGAAGAGGACAGAUAUUGGGGCAAUCGUGAUAAAAUAAAAUAUAAAAAACAAAAUGAAAAAAAAAGUGAACGAGAAAGAAAAGAAAUAAACUGUGUAAAAAAUAAAGAAUUAAACUAUUUAAUAAAUAAUAAAAAAAAAUUAGCACGAAGCAGAAGCAAUACUCUAUCAAGUGAGAUGUCUGAAAAUGGAUUUAAUACAUUAUCAAGUAGUGAUGAAAUAAUGUAUACUCAUCGUUCUGAUAUAAAAAAUGUGUGUGAAAAAAAAAUGCAAAUUGGAAAAAACAAAGAACAAAACAGAGAUAGAAGCAGAAAAAAUGUCCUAAAUAGUUUUUUUGUAAACGAAAGCAAACACUCACUUAUGUACAAUUAUGAAGAAGAGGAAAUUACGAAAGGAAAUACCGAUAUAUACAAUGAAGAAAUGAGUAGCAAAUUAGAAGAAUGGAAAGAAUUAACAAGCAAUUUAGAAAAAAUAAAAAAUCCAAUAAGCAUAUUCAUCUUUCAUAUAUUACCUAACAAUUAUUAUUAUGACGAUAAUUGUGCAGAGAAAAAUAAGCAAAAAGAAGAGUUUGAUAAGCACAUUCACUAUCUAAAAGAAAGUUGUUCAGAUUACCUUCAAACAAGCAUUAUGUUAAUAAAAAAUUUAUAUGAAAAUAAUAAAAGAAAAAAAGGAAGUACUGAAAAUAUUCUUAUAUUUUUAAAUAAUGAAUAUGAAAUAUAUAUUGUUAAAAAAGGGCUUCAAUCAUUAGGUAUUGAUAAUAUUGAAGUAAUUAAUGAUAAUACAUAUAACUAUGAUUCACUAGAAGUAAGAAACCAAAUUGUGAUAAUUAAAGAUAUUGGAUUCAGCUUCCAUAAAGUAAAAUAUGUGAAAUAUAUAAUUGAUACAUGUUUUAUGAAAGAUGAAAUUUAUGAUUAUGAUUUAAAUAUGACAAAUAAGUAUACUAUAUUAUGCAAUAAAAACAAAUGUGAAGACAGGAGAUUAGCUUAUAAGGAUUCUAUCUGCUUUCGAUUAAUUACGAUGAAUGAUUACAUGGAUUUGCUAAAUGAUGAUGAUAUACCUGAAAUAUUAAAAAAGGAUAUUUUUUAUAAAAUAUUUUAUAUAAAAACAUUAGGAAUAAAUAAUAUUUGCUCAUUUGAUUUUGUUACUGCUCCAACUAUAAAAGCAUUAAAAAAAUGUUUUGAAAUGUUUUACAUAUUAAAUCUAAUGGAUAUUAAUGGAAAUAUAAUUGAUAAAAAGUUAAGUUUAUUAAUUUGUUAUUUACCUUUAAAAUUUAAAUACAGUAUUUUUUUAAUAAAUAGUAUAAAGUAUAAAUGUGUUUACGAAGUUUGCAUUAUUAUUAGUAUGCUAAUUAAUGACCCGAUUUUUGUUUACAACAAUAAUAGUAGCAGCAUAAAACGAUUAAAAGUUAUGCGAUUAUCUUUAAUGGCGGAAGAAAGUGAUAUUUUAAGUUUAUAUAAUAUAUUUCAAAGCUUUGUUGAUGCAAAGAAUAAAAAAAAAUAUUGUCAUGAUAACUUCUUAAAUUACACAUCAUUAAAAAAGGCUGAGCGUUUUUUUAAUAAAUUAAAAUACAUAUUGAACAAAUUUGGUAUACCAAUGGAGAAAUGCGAAAACAUAGAAUCUAUUUUUAAAGCAAAAAUAUCCUCUUUUUAUUAUAAUGUUGCAAAAGUGGUAAAUGAUAAUAAAUAUAAAUUAUUAAAUAAAAAAAGUGAAAACAUACUAUUUUCCCUCGAUCCUUUAUCUAUUCUGAAUGAGUCAAAUCAUACUGAAAGAAAAUUCAUUGUAUAUAUAGACCUGUACUCAAACAAUGAUUCCGAAAUUUUUAUGAAGCAUGUAUCUAUUAUUGAUGCAUUGUGGUUAACAAGUGUAUGCCCUAGAUAUUUUUCCAACAAGCAUAUGAAAGCCAUUCAGCAAUUGGAAUAA